GGGAGCCAGCGGGGAAGAAAGAAGCCGAGCGGGCGGAAGGCGCCCUCCCCGCCGCCUGGGCCCCGGCACCGGGUGCCGGGCCCGGGGUCCUUCCCGCCUCCUGCGGCCGCCGGCCGCUUUGUUUCCCCAGCCUCUGCGCUCCGGGCAACUCAAGAGGGGCUCCCGCCGAGGCUGCACAGGGCUCGCGGCGGCAGGAAGGGCGGCCGACCGCGCCGGGACUCACAGGGACCCAGGAGUCCGGCCGCCGAGAGGGCCGCGUGACGAGAUCGAAGAGGGACCCGGAGCUCUGUGGCCCACGGGUGCGGGCCGGGGGCGCUCGCGAGCAGAGACCUCCCCGUCGAGGGGGGGCGAUGUUCCCCUCGCCCGUGGGCUCUUCGGGCAGUCAGGGCAUCCCGCCGCUGGGACCAGGGCCCCCUCAGUGGGCAACCCCCCGGAAAGUUCCAUGGAGACUCUGUGCCCCGCUCCCCGCCUCGCAGUGCCGGGGUCCCCGCGAGGGUCACCCUGCUCCCCCACACCCCGGAAGCCGCGUCGGGGGACCCAGGAGUUCUCUCCUCUGUGCCUGCGUGCCCUUGCCUUCUGCGCCCUUGCCAAACCCCGGGCGUCCUCUCUGGGCCUGGGGCCUGGGGAGCUGGCGCCGCGGGCUCCGGUGCUGCUGGGCCCUUGCGCCCCGCUGUGCGCCGGCGGCAGGGCCCCGGAUGGCCUGAAGCACCUCGCGGGACAGGCCGGGCGGUCCAGCGAUCCCAACUCCCCGGCCCGCCAGGAUGCCGACGCCGCAGUGUGCCGGGGCCGCGGCGAGGAGGAAGAGGGCGGAGGCAGUUUCCCGCACUUCAGCGCUCGCUCCGGCGUACCUCCCGGCCACUGCCCGGCGCCCCGGCGCCCUCGGGAAUCUCCGACCAGCUCCGUCUCGGCUCCGCCUAGGCCAGCCCUGGCUCUCGACUCUCAGCCUGGCCCCGCCGCUAGCCCGCAUCAGGAGCCAGGUUCUCGGCCUCCGCCGCCACCUGCGGGCCUCUCCUCUGAGCCCAUGGGGCCUGGGGCCGCGCCGGAACCGCCCCCGCCGAACCAGACAGCCGCAGUCGAUGGAAACCCUCCGAAGGUCGCCCCCGAGGCACCGGCCUCCAGCCCCUCGACGGCCAGCGAAGCUCCGGCCGCGCCCGGCGAUCUCCGCCAGGAACAUUUCAAUCGUCUGAUCCGCCGCUCGAAACUGUGGUGUUACGCGAAGGGUUUCGCCCUCGACACUCCGAGUUUGCGCCGGGGGCCCGAGCGGCCCCCAGCUAAAGGGCCCGCCCGAGGAGCCGCCAAGAAACGCCGGCGGCCGGCGCCCCCUCAACGCAGCGCGCAGCCCCGCCGACCUACCCCGACGCUCCCCACCACGAGCACCUUCAAUCUCCUCGACUGCUUCCCCUGCCCCCCGGCCCUGGUGGUGGGGGAGGACGGAGACUUAGGGCCGGCAUCCUCGCUUCGCCUUCACGGAGACGCUAAGCCCCCGCCUGCCCACCCCCUGUGGAGGUGGCAGAUAGGGGGUCCCGCUGUCCCUGAGCCCCCUGGCCUCAAAUUCUGGGGAAUCAACUUGGAGCAGCCCUGAGCGUGAGACCUGUUCUGCCAAGGGGGGAAAAGGGGGGGCCACAGCCAGACUGCGGGCUCGAGAAUAGAGCCUCAUUUCUCACCUUUGCCUGUCCUCUUUAGGUUUUAUGGGCUGUGGUCAGAAGGACCUCAAAUGACAGUGAUCUUCAAGCACCUAACUGGUUGCAGUGACACCCCCUCCCCCUCAUCCUUUGGAGAAGAACCAAGGCCUGGAGUCGGGAGAAGGCUUAACCGAAAAAGGCUUAAAGACGUAGAUUCCAAUCCCUCCCCUCUUCCAUCUCGGAUCUCUGGGGGCAGGGCCUUCACCCCAGGGGGAGUCGAGAAGGCUACAACUCAAAAGAGGAGGAAAAAAAAAGAGGGAGAGAGACCUUGGUGAUGGACAAACCGGUUGUUUCUGUGGGCGAGCCUGGGGAUGGGUGGGGGCUGUAGUGGGGGUGGGGAGGUGAUUGGCAGCUCCCUGGGGGCAUCCUCAACCCCCACCAUCCAGGCCUUUAACCCUUCACUCCCCUCAGGCCUUCCCUAGCCUCCAAGCACCACUGUAGCCUUCAUGGGGACCCGAGCAGCUUAGGCAAGGGUAAGAUCACCCUCUCCUGGUUCUUUUCCUAGGGUCCCCCCAGUCAAGUGACCCCUAGUUACCGAGGUCUUCAUUCUCAGCCACCAGUCUUUCCCCUUUGUCCAGUUUUGGAGUUUCCUUCAAUAUUCCAUUUGCUUUCAGGUUAUAAGAUCUGAUGGGUAAAAGAGGACACCCCCACACCCCACACCCC